AGCACUCUCCCAUGAACCAUGCCUUCGACAAGUUCCUCCUUGUCGGCUGUCUCUGUGUCAUCUUCUCUGUUCUUCUCUAUUUCUUCUACUGGAACCGCUUGAUCGCAUUUCUGCUCGGCCUCUUCUUCCGAUUUCUCUACUGGAAUCAAGGCCCCUUUAGCAUAUGGCUCGAAAUUGGGUCCAUCCACUUUUCCCUGCUCACGGGGCGGGUGAUGUUCAAGGAUCUAUCGUAUCAUUCCAGCAAUCAAACUAUACGCAUUGUCAAGGGGCAGCUUCAGUGGCGGUACUGGAUACGGAGGCCGGCGUCGGGGCAUGAUAUUGCGCCGCCGCAGACUUUCGAUCUCAAACAAACGCGUCCGGUGCCUUGUCGAGUACAGGUGUCCUUGCAAGGUUUCGAAUGGUACUUGCACAACCGAACGGCCGCGUUCGACGCUAUCGUUUCGGAGAUGGGUGUGAAGGUUCCGCUGAGCCGAGCCACUUCCGGGAACACUGGCCGUCAGUCAUCGCAAAAGUCUGCUUUCCCGGUCUAUUCGCCCUCCAUUCUCGCCGCGUCGCUCCGGCUUCCCGUCGCCAUUCAACGCGCAUGGACUUGGAUUCGUCGCCAGAUGCCCACAUUGGAUGUCAAGGAUCUGCUUCCCCUUGGUAUCGAUGUCACGAAAGGCGCCAUCACCUGUGGAAAUUCGUCGGUUGAGAACAUCAUGGUUGUCCAGUUCCAGAGAACAGAGGGGAUGUUUGGGGUUGUUCAGUCCCGUUCCAAAUACGAUCUACACAAGCAAUUAUUGCAUCUGACGUUUGAGCAAGCGCUCGUCAGGUUGGUCCAGAACGAAGAUUAUCGCGGAUCGAUGAACGAGACGGGGAUAAAUGUGCAGAAGUCGCUCAAGAGUGGCCAGCCCGAUCGAAGAGGCGGUAUGCUAUCCUACCACGGCUUUGCCAAGCUCUGGAGACGCAUGCGGUUGUAUGGGAUCGUUCGCAAGUUUCCACUGAAACACACACAAAGCUCGCGCUUCCGGAGCCAUCGGAAACACAAGAGCGCGGAGGACGAAACACCUGUCGGGGCUGACUUUGACACUCUUGAAUAUGCCAUUGAUCGCAAGAUACUUGAGGCACCGGUUUUCGAGCUGACCUAUUACACGGAUGUGGUCGGGGACGUGCCUGCUCUGCCGCAUCCCUUCCAGGUCGAUCCGAGCGUGGAUAUCGGCAACGGAGACAUGGGUCCCGAGUGGGGUGUCGAUCUUGUCAUCAGAGGUGGCGCGCUGCGUUAUGGGCCCUGGGCAGAUCGGCAGAGGUCUGAGUUGCAGAAAGUGUUCUUUCCUGCUACAUAUCAGAAUGUGGAACCGACGCCUCGACUCAAGCCUGGGGACAAACGGGCCUGGACUGCCAUGCAAAUUUUCAUUGAGCUGCGCGAAGACACAACACUGUCCAUCCCAUUCCGUGAAGCAUCGAAAAACUGGCAGUGGGACGGAAAAGCUGACAUGCCUCGCCGGCCGAAGAGACGUGAUCCAGCGUCAAUAUUGCUCACAGUUGGGGACAGAUCAUCAAUCAACUACAUUGUCCCGAUGGUCGCGACUACUGCAGGAUAUGAAUCGACUCUUGAAGUGCACCUGGACACGAUCGUGGUCACGUCCAGUCUGAACGACAUACAGAUGGUUGCGGCCGAGUCGUGUCGGGUGCGAGGCGAAUUGCCUUCACCACUGCAGUGGAAUGCGCUGCGUACAUGGGCUUUCAGUAUUUCCCUGAGAAAUCCGGUUCUGUACUUGCUACGAGACCACAUCAACAUGUUCACGGACUUGGGAAAAGACUGGGCAUCGGGGCCACCGAGCGACCAUCACCGUUUCGUUCCGACGAUAUAUGCGGUGGAUCUCGAUUUGCAUCAUUAUGAGCUGAAUCUAUACGUCAACGACCACAAUAUUAUCGACAAGCCACUCGUGAGGGAGGAGAAUGCUCUUUUGACUGCACGCGCCGACCGAUGGAAGACGAGCGUUCAGAUACCUUCUGACCGAUUCCGACCCGAAGCUACAACGAUUCCUUUCUCGAUUGAGCUACCGGAGAUUCAGUUGCACUUGACUUUGCCGCGGUGGAAUACCUUUGCGGAGCAUGCCCCCAAAGAAGGGAACAGUCUCGCCCGAGCGACGGUCUUGAGGCUGGACGGGUCGUAUCGCUAUUUUGCCGACACGCAUCCUGAUCAUGUGGAACAAUUCAAAUUGUCGAUCACUUCUAGAGACCUGGCAUACAAGGGCCUCGGAUGGUCCAUUCGGUUCUUCUUGAUCCUGCAAAACAACUAUUUGGGCUCGUUCACCACCUUCACGACGCUCUUUGAAUACCUCGACCAGAAGAAGAGGGGUGUCCAUGGUGAUCAAAUCAUGCAGCAGUAUCGGCAGUCGCAGCGCAAUAUGAUGCAAGUGGACUUGGAGAUCGAUCUACAGAAUGCGCUGAUGGUAGUACCUGCUGGACUAUCGGGAUAUGAAGCAUCCGCUUCUCUCCGCGAGUCCAGCGCCUCUCCUCCCAGCAUCGGAUCCUGCGUAUUGCUUGACAUUCCGGAAUUACAAGUCCACUUCCGGUUGCACGAUUACUUCAUGGGCACGAUUUCUGCUUCCAUCGAACCUAACUUUCCCGAGAACAUGCGUUUUGCACGUCUCAAACGAAAGCGACAUGAUAUCCUUCUCAUUGACGGAAUUGAUAUCACCUCGAAUCGGUUGUUUGGCCCUAUGCCUCGCACGCUGCCCUAUGUGUGCAUCUGGGAACUUCGGUUGGGUGCAGUGAAAACUACCAUGACAGCCCAAGAAGCAAGCGUGCUUUCCUGUGCUGGUGCUUCGUUUGGACUGACCUUCACGGAUCCGGCCAAUGCACCGGCGGCUGCCCACCACCUGGCUCUGUAUCCUGACGUCACGUUCCUCAAGGCAGCAGUUGGCUCCGUGGACGCGACAUGGAGUGCGGGCCGCGCUGCUGUGACCUUGUCCAUGUCACACGGCCUCGAAGUGGAUUUCAACGACAAAGGGAGCCAGUAUCACCGCAAGCUUACGCGCGUCAAGGUUCCGCAUGUAGCGGUGCAGUUCAUGCUCAGGGCUGAUCAGCGACGAUGGCUGGAGACAGGAAGAGUGCAAGCCGACGCAUACCUUGAUAUCUAUUCGUCACCAGUAGGAUGGAAGGACAAAGCUGCGGAUCAGGCUGAUUUUAUUUUCGCGCAAGACUUUCCUACAGGCCGGGCGCGGAGGAUGUUCAACAAGCUGAGGAAGGACGAAAAGCCCGUAAAGCAUCUCAACUCGGUGUUUCUUCCGCAGCCCGAUUUGUCGACUGCGAAACGAUAUCGGGUCUCUGCCGAGCUACCGGGCGAAACGACGAGCAAUCGAAUGUGGCAUAAGAUUGGCCAUUUUUCCGAGUCUGACAUGGAUGGAGAGCAACUGGAUGUCUUGAGAGAUGCGAAGUUGGCUGCACAGGCUCGCGCAAGUGCACGGACUGAGGACAGAGACGACGAGCGAUCGAUCAGUGACGGAGAUGAGAGCGACACGGAGGAGGUCAGCGAUGGCACGUUCUCAGAGGACGGAUGGUCUCAGUUCGAAUCCGCAACUGACGAUUUGACUGAGCUUAGGCGUUACUCGCGUCUAUGCAGACAGUUUACGGCCCCUUUUCUGAGUUCGCCCACCAGAUGGGAGGGGUCUCCGUUUACGUUGGUCAAGGGACCCCGCCUCUCAAAUCAUUUCAGACAUUCGAGGUCAGGCCACCCCGCUGCACGACACGACACAUCUGCUCUUCUCGGUGUCGCGCCGGACAACGAGGUCGACACUACUGUGAUGCGGUUCGCCUGCAGACAGGACGUGCAAGUGUUUGUCACCCCACUUGUCAUCCCGGUUCUGGCAGAGUUGGAAUUUGAUGUCUCGCACGUGCGCCUGAGCCCUGAACUCGCUAUCGACGGCCUGUUUAGUUCAUAUAUAAACAGCUUUGGGGAGCUCGCGGACGUACCCACGACCACAAUCUUGGACUUGAAUGUGGCCUCGGCUUCUCUCAACGUUCUGCACGACAUCCAUCUCAAGGACACCGCAACCGUCGCCCCUACCGGUCAUCUGCGCCUGCACCUCGGCAGAUCCCAUGUGGCUCUCUGCACACUGUCACGAGAUCGAUUGACUCUCGAUGUGAAUCUCGAGCGGGCUGAGGUGGUCUUCAAUGAUGCAGUUGGACGGGAGACCUCGAGCAUAGUUGAUGCUGCACUGAGUCAGGUGACACUCAGUCAUGGGGCGGACCACUCGCAAGCCGUAUUUGGCGGAUGCACUGUGCAUAUCAGCCAACUGGCUCUCGAACACUUGGCUGGCCUCACCGUUGCUGUGUCGUUGACUGCUCGUCGCAUUGGUUCCAUCGUUGAGAGAUGGCAGCGACACCAGUCUACUCAUGCCGCCUCCGUCAUCCAAGCAAUCCUGCAAGCAACCCAGGAUAGACCCAUCAUCGAUCCCCUGUCCAGCAUUCAGCCCUCGUUUCUAGUGCAGACUGGUCUUCCCCAGAGUCUCCGGCUGGACACUGUGUUCAGGCUCCUGUUCCACCUGCGCUCUUGUCUGUGGGACGCAGGAGAACAGAUUACCACUGUGACGGAGCCUGACACCGAAACUCUCCACCGCUUGCUCAGCAAAAGGCUGGCUGGAUUGGAUCCAGAUGCAUUCCACGAGAAUGGACUUGCGCUCAUGCAUCCGCUUUUCCCUGAUCUUCGACCCGUCGUGCUUCAAGUUCAGCCUGAGCAGCCAACUGGUCUGGUGCGAUCAGGAACGAUAGAACUCCUCCAAUUUGCGGUCAUCAUGCAAGACCCAUCUGGCGCUACUGCUGGCCAGUUCUCUGUCGAGCGGCUUGCGGCCAAAGCGCGGGUCAGAAGAUGUGAUAUGGUUGACGCACUUCCGGCCAGUCAUCAGGUUCUGGGCAUCUCCCAAGUCUCGCUGCGCCAUCAUCUGAACCGGCAGGAGCACCAGCAAAUCUUCCUCUCGCUGUCAACAGACCAGAUCGCACUGGCGGUGUCUCCGAGGCUGAUUCCAUUUGCGAGGGAGGGUCUGCGAGUGCAACGCGAUUACGCGCACGCUUUCCCAGCGAAGCCGAAAGCCGCUGCAGAGUCCAGAAUAGUCGAAACUGCAUCAAAGAGCUUGGAUCUAGUCCUGGGGAUCCGAAAAAUCAAAGUCGAAGCAGCUGCGGAUGCACUCAGUUUCGAAUUGGGGUCGUCUGGCCUGCAGGUGGUUUCGACCCUGCUUACACGCCCACACCAUCCUCUCUCCGCGAGCUGUUCUGGCGGAUUUGGGGAACUGUUCCUACGCGCCAGGACCCCGACGGAUGCGUCCAUUGUUCAGGACAAGGACAUCCUCGCCUCCCUCACUUUGACUUCUGGCAAAGCGCACUGUCUGACACGAUCUGAUCCCAAGGCCGCCAACGAAAUGCGGAUCAUCUUCUCGAUCGACGAUGCCCAUUUGCGCGUGCCCCGCAGUGCGCUGCGGCUGUUCCGCUUCGUGCAGCAGUGGAGGGCAGACUUUCUGCCCGGGAUCGAGGCAACUGUACAGGACUUCUUGGCCGAGCUGGAGCGUAUCAAGGCCAAUCGACCCGAGCCGAAAGCUGCUCCGACGCCGCAGUCACAGCUUCCGCCGAUCGUGCAUGUCGAUGCCCGGGUGAAGACAUUUGGGGUUUCGCUGCAGGUGAUGCUUGGGACGUGGCUAUCCUGGAGAGUGAACAAUGUCGUGGCCUUCCUGAACUCGCUGGCUGCGCACAAGCAGGUGUUCGGGUUGCAAUUGGACUCGCAGACAUUCUCGAUUACGUCGCGGUCCAACUCGAACGCAGCCGGGGAUACCAAGAGGCUCAAGGUCCUGUUCCCACCGUUUUCGAUGCGGGGAGAUCGCGAUCAGCUGCGGGUGCAUGCCAUGGCUGUCGUUGAUUUCCUCGAGUUCCGAGUGAAGCUUUCGCACUGGGAUACACUACUGGCCGUUCAACAGAAGUUCGGCCAGGAUUUUACAGAUCUCAUGUCCAUCGUUCAAGAGACCAGGUCGUCUGCGCCUUCCAGGCCCCAGCAGCCCGAGUCUACAGGCGGCGCCGAUUUCAAGUACAGUGUCUUUGUCAAGAUGCGUGGGUUCCGGAUUGGUUUGGAGGGUCCCUCUUCGACAUUCUAUCUCGAAUGUUUCGAUUUUGGUGGAAGCAUCGAUAAUCUUCUCAAGCGCAAGUGGUCAGGGACCAUGACUGACCUGGCGCUUUCACUCGCGCCAAAAGCCAACGUCGAGCCGAGAAACGAGUCCUUCAAUCGCAAGCGAUCUGCCUUCGUCAUCAUUGAUCUCGAGGUCCAGGGCGUGGAGAACACCAAUGCCGCCGGCGGAAUCAACAACGUUCUCCAGGUGGCGGUGACCAAGAUCCACGCCGUAAUGCAGACCAGCUCCGUCGGCGAAGUCGGGGACUUUGUAGACCAUCUGCAGGCCGAACUAUGGGACCGCAAGGAACAACGCGCAGUCGAGCUUGCUGCAUUCAAGCAAAAGGCAGAGAGCAUCCUCAAGACAUUUGAACUGGAACAACAGACGACGCCGCAAACCGAGCCGGAUCAGCCAUCUUGGAUGAAGAGCUAUGCCAUCACCCUCUCUGUGCAGGACGUCGGAGUGGCUUUCCCUCUGACCAACGAGUCCAGUCUGGAGAUUCCACAAACUGGAUCACGCGAUUCGCAUGCUGUGCGGGCAUUUUUGUUUUCGAUUAGGAGCAUCAAAUUUGGCACGCACGGCGACGAGUCGGGUGAAGCCCGAAUGAGCGAAUUGUCUUUCCAAUUCCGUCAAUCGGUCCCAUCUGAUUUUGCUGGGCACACACACGUGACAUUGAACCGAUUGAUGUAUCCCGAAAUGAAGGCCAGUCUGCGUUCAAUGAGGACCGUUUCGGCGCAGAAUGUCUGGAUGCGAGCCGAAGUUGAUGGAUUUGUGCUCGACAUCGAUUCGAGUAUUCCGGACUACAUCUUCUCGCUCGUCGACGUCUACGAGCAAAGCAAAGACCGGGUCACGCGCCUGUCAGCAAGUCUCCCGCGUCCAGAAGCCCAGUCACCGUCGCCGGAGUACACAGCUUCGGCCGCGGUUGCCUCGAAUGUGUUUGCGUCUCUGAUGUUCGAGAGCGGAAAGGUGCGGAUCUACCACAACGCUGCCUCCGAAGCCUUGCGUGCCAAUCCUGUCUCUCAUGUUGCGGAUGACGUGGAUGUGUUCAAUCUCCCCGAAGUCUCGGUGUGGUCCGAGUAUCGCUCCUCGGCCGAUGCGAGCGACCCGAGCAUUCUGGUGUUCAAAAGCACCAUCCACUCGAGCCAGAACACUGUGCGGCCCACUACUCUGCUUCCGUUUUUGACGGAGCUCGUGGGUCGCGUCGAAAACAGGAUGCGGCAGGCCACUGAUCGCCGGCCCGUGUCAACCGCCGAUACUCUCGUCGUCCCCGAUGCGAUCAAACCCGCCGCGGAGGAAUUGUCCCGCGCACGACGGCUGCAGAUGACGUUCAGCUUGCGCAUCGAUCAGUCCAAACUCGAGUUCACGUGCCAGCCCGACGUGAAUGUGAUUGCGGGCCUGCAUUGGGAUAGCGGUGGUUUCGUAUUGCAUGUGGCCCCGGGAUCGAGGCAGGUCACGCUCUCGGCUACCAUCGCGGGCUUGACCGUCGGGCUCAAGCACGGGUUCCUGAGCGAAGAGUGCGCGAGUUUGGAUAUGCGCAACUUGACCUUCUCAGUCACGUUUGCGAAGAUGGUCCACGGGGGAAAGACGAUCAACUCGGUGUCCUUGGUGUCAGACACGGAGAUUCUUGGCGCGGUGAGGUUCUCCCGGCUGCAGGACAUUCUUUGCUUCAAGGCAGUCUGGUUGGAUCGGAUCCCUGUUUUCAAUAACCAGUCUGCGGGGAGCUCCAAAUCGUCUGUGUCUGCACCUGCUCAGCCGGCGAAUGCAGCACUGCCGAUCACACAAGAGUUCACGACUCUCCUCCUCAUUCGGGUGCGCCAGAUCAGUCUCGAAGUGGACCUCGGCCAGUCGAUCAGCACCAUCAAUCUGGAUUUCAAGGACGCCAUGGCCCGCACCAAGAUCACUGAACAGCUCAGCGACGUGCUGUUGUCCGUCGGUCACGUGUCGAUGACUGCCAAAGGCCAUCUGUCCGGCACUGCGCAGGUCUCGAAUUGUAUAUUCCAGACGGUCAGGAGAAUACAUCUCGGGGAUGUGAUCACCAGGGAUUGUAUGCUCGAGCUGCGGAUGACCAGUGAUGCCCUUGUCGUAGUGCUUGAGUCGGACCAUCAGAAGCUGCUCCACUACAGGGCUGAGCCGCUCGAGCUUGAAAUAUACGAUGACUGGUCGAUGAUCUCACCUCAAGUUCCGCUUGAGGACCGUGCCGUCCGGUUCUCGGUCUCGGUCGAAAGCCCUGAGAUUGUGGCCGUGGUCACCAUCGGGACACUCCCAAAGCUGUUGUCCUACGCCAACAAGUUCAAGGCGAACCUCGAUGCUCAGCGGGAAGGCGCCAGCCGAGAGUCAAAGGCGUUCAGCAUGAGUCAGAUGCCCAACCCCGACAACCCGCUCUCCGCUGUCGCAGAGGCUAUGCUGGUUUCAGCCAAGACCCGAUUCAGGAAGGAGCCCGAUUCGGGACUUUCAUAUGCUGUCAAGCAGAACAUGAGGCUGCGACUAGGGCUGCUGAGGCUCGUCGUCUCUGCACGGUCGAUGACGGAUGGCGAAGUCGCGCAGUUCAUCGGGAGGAACGUCUGUGCGUCGCUGGAACGAAUCGUAAAGAUUUCGCAGCCCCCUCAGCGAAGACUGGAGCUGGCUUUCUCCCUGAUGACCAUCGCAAGACUGCAGCACAUUUCACCGCAGCAACUCGAUGUGGAUUGGUUGGCUUCCUUGCCGAAAAGCAUUCUGGAAAGCACAAUCGUUGGCCUGCCUUCGAUGGAGAUUCUGAUGACAAGUCAAGAAGCCCCAGACGGCGCUCUGGAGUACGAGUUCGACAGCCAGUUCAACCGCCUCGAGGGACUCGACACCGAGGACAUCUUCAUCUCACUCAACAUCGCGCUAUAUCUCUGGCUUACUGGCCUGCGCAAGAAUCUGACGAGGGAGAUGGAACAAGUCAAGGCGACAACUGAAUGGCGGACGUCUGUGUCCGCCACUCGCAAAGAAGCCACAGCUUCGAGCACCGAUGCGUCGAAGCGCAUGUCGAGGAUGACUGCUCGCGUGCCCGCGCUCGGACACAUACCCGAAGUCGCUCCACCGCCUCUGGACAAGGACCAAAACGACCCGCCAUCAUCGUCAGCGGCGGUCGUUUAUCGUCCCAUGAAGCGGCACAUCGAGCGGCUGACCAUGAGGCAGUUGGGCGAGGCCACACCCGAUGUGAUGCAUCCCUUCUUCAUGAAAAAGGCCGGCUUCAAUCUCGAGGACUCGUUCCCCCAGUACGUCAAUGAAUACGCGACCGGUCCCUUGGAGGAGAUCAUGGAUGUCCUGCUCAAGUUUUACACGCGACAGCUAUUGGCUGGGAGCCGCAACCUCAUCCGGAUGGACGACUAAAUUAUACCUAAUUAAUCCUGCUACCACGUAGUCCGUUACAAUGCAUCGCGUCUUUCCAUGGUAUCGACUCACACAAAUCAUAUUUGUAUCUCAUUUACUGAUGACGCCGCCGCUGAACACACUCAGCAACGCAAAGCAUCCGUAUAGCAAGCCGAUGGGAUACGCGACCAAUAGACGUUGGUCUGACAUCCGCAGCACCGCAACGAAGAUCCCAGAUGCGGCAUACGUGCACCAGAGAAUCGACAACGUGGACAGCAAGUAGCCGAAGACACCACUAGCAAGCGUCAAUGCCGGGAUAGAUAGAGGAUCGAAGGCUAGACGCACUCAAGAGCCACCAUGACACUGACCACACCCACGCCAACCAGUGGCAACAGGCAAUAGCCAAGUACUGCAGCGACACGGUACGCGUCUAUGCCGUGCUCAGACAUCAGGUUCAGCAGGGUGUAGAUCGACAGCGACCCCAGCAAUCCAACGCCAUAGACGUAACCGAAAUUCGAUUUACCCGACUGCGAAUAUGUCAGCCGGGAGACCAGAACAAAACAGACCAAUUGAUGCGAGCUCACAAGAAGAAGACAAGUGGCAAAACAGAAACAGACGAAGACGGGGCCAGCCAGAUCCGCGUCGUCCAUUAUGUGUUCGUCGAUCCGGCCAAGCGGGUUUAGCACGGUCAACGAUUUUGUGCGAAUAUGCGAGAGAUUGAUCCCGAGCUCUUGUGGAUCAAAUGAGUUGGAAUUGCGCACAUUAAGAGCAUACGCGACGCGCACCUUCGAGUAAUGGCGGUUCCCCCUCGAAUCCGCCCGUUCCAAAUGCAGUCCACCAGCCUCCCUGAGAUUGGAUGCUUCCGCCGUAGCCAGAGCCCGAACCCAUAGAGCCCUGCACGCCAGACAUGUUUCCCUCCAGACUGGGCCGCGAACCAGGGUAGAAGCCCGACGAGGCAGAGAGGGCAUUGGGGUCAGAGCCCACGGAUGGAGGGGCGGAGUAAAAUUGCAGCGGUGUGCCCUGGGGAGGGGCGUAAUACGAUGAGGACGCGCCGUAUGCUGAGUCUUGCCACAUGGGAGGGAUGAGAGCGACACGUUAUUCUACUUGUUCAGGAAUAUCCGCCUUGAAGUGAUCCGGUAAACAUCGCCAAACUCCGCUCGCUUUCUCCAGACCAUGGUAUGCAUGCUUGAUCGGUUCUCGGGAUACGAUGUUGACUCGUUUUCCUUAGCCUCAGAACGAGUAUAUUGAGGAGCACAUCAAGCGACAUGGAAGGCGGUUAGAUCACUUUGAGCGCAAGCGCAAGCGAGAAGCUCGUGCGGCCCACCGUGACUCCGCCAUCGCCCAAAAAGCCUUCGGUAUCAAGGCCAAAAUUUUGCACGCGAAACGGCAUGCGGAAAAGGUUCAACUCAAAAAGACGCUCAAGGCACACGACGAGCGCAACGUCAAGCAGGCCGACUCCUCAGCUGUUCCCGAGGGGGCACUGCCGACCUACCUGCUCGACCGAGAGGGGCAGAAAGAUGCGAAGGCGCUGUCGAGUGCGAUCAAGCAAAAGCGGAAGGACAAGGCGGCGAAGUACGCUGUGCCGCUACCGAAGGUCCGGGGUAUCGCGGAGGACGAGAUGUUCAAGGUCAUGAAGACGGGGAAGAGCAAGAGCAAGGCGUGGAAGCGUAUGGUGACCAAGGCUACGUUCGUCGGGGAGGGAUUCACUCGAAAGCCCGUCAAGAUGGAAAGGUUCAUCCGGCCAAUGGCAUUGCGAUACAAGAAGGCCAAUGUGACACAUCCGGAUCUGAAGGCCACCUUCCAGUUACAGAUCCUGGGUGUGAAGAAGAACCCGCAGUCACCGAUGUACACACAAUUGGGUGUGAUGACCAAGGGGACGAUCGUCGAGGUGAAUGUCUCCGAGUUGGGCAUGGUCACCACUGGAGGGAAGGUUGUGUUUGGAAAGUACGCCCAGAUUACGAACAAUCCCGAAAACGAUGGAUGCAUCAACGCUGUGCUCCUUGUAUGAUUCUACCGCUAGAUAUCCACCUUUGUGUAUUUUUGACGCAUCAUUCUCGUUUCUUUUCCGGUGUGAAAAUUUACAUAAGUCGACUUGGGCGACUGAGCACGUGACAGCUGUAGCGCGUGAUUCUCAGUCAAGUUAUGCAUCAGCAGCAUCGUG